UGAGAUAUUUAGUCUCUAUUUAAUUCACUACCUUUGUUUCUUAAAGUUUUGCUGUCGAACUAUGAACUAUAUUUUUCUGUUUGUUCAGCUGUAAUUUAUUCCAUAUUCUCAUAAUUGUGCUUAUUAUACAUGUCCUACAUAUAUACAUGUAUAUGUAUUCUUUGCACCACAUUUCUUGUAUUAUUCUCCCAGAAUUCGCUAAAUAUUACUCCAUCCAUUCAUCCUUAUCCCUCACAUUAUACUCAACCCAACACUAUCUAAUCAAUAAUAUGGAAAUUACGGAAAACUAAUACUUGUAAAAUAUAAUUUACAUUUCUUGUCAAAAGUAGUAAUUGUUAUGGAUCUCCUAUUUCCAGAAAUUCAAUUUCAUCCGCAAGUUGUCAUAUUCAAAUUCUAAGUUUAUGGAAUAUGAAAUAUAUGAAGUAUUUAAUAUUUGAGAUGCAAGUCUUUGCCAUUGAAUAACCUGGUGACAAAUAUGAUAAUGUAACUCUUCUAUGUUCCAGAAAACGAUUUAUUUCUACGAAAUUGGGCUUAUCACUGUGAUGAAUGAAGUUCACAUAAUUUAAGUAAAAACCAACGAAUUUAUUCAGAUUACUGUUCUACACACUUUUGUCACACACGAAUUGAUAAAAAAAACAAUUUGAAAUAAUACCCAGGAGUGAUUUUAUGGCAAAAUGAUUCUCACAGUUUGCAAGAACAGAUUGGAACUGUCAUGACUGGAAAGAUUUCAUAGCCCGUAACAAAUCUUGAGGAAAAAAACAGUUGAAAAGCAAGCCAGUGGAUGGAAAAUUAUAGACUAGUCAGCAUCUAGCGUUUGUUAUGGCCGACGAAAUCACUCCGCCGCAUGAAGCAAAAUCAUUGAAUGUCGAAAGUAAGAGUAAAGACAUAUCGAUACGGGAGAAUCCUUGUUUCACUGAAAGAUAUUGGGGGGAGAAAGAUCCAGAUCCUAAUCAAGUCGAAUGCUUUUUAACAAACCCCAAUGAAGCUGAAAAAGAUGUUAAUAACGAAAUCUGCAACAGAUUAUUGUGCCAAAUAUGCAAUGCCAUUUUUAAGGGAUCAUGUUCAAGACACAACCUUUUGGAACACAUAAAUUCGAUUCAUAGUUUUGACAUUUUUAACAAAGGUCAUAGAUGUCAUGCUUGUAACCUGGUAUUUUACACUUUGAAAGCAUUUGAGACGCACAAAAAUAUUUGUGAAAAGAAAUCCACAAGUAUUAUUUCAAUCGAAACCCAUUCUCUUGAUGAUAUCAAAGAAAUUGUUGCAAUAGACCAUGAGAAGAGCAAAUCUAAUGCAAGAACUGCAGAAAGCAAUGCUAAGAUUAAAGAAGAAGAUGGAAAUGAAGAUGCAAGUUUCCAAAGUGAUUUAUUACCAGAUAGAAGAGAUGUAAAAGACAAUUCUUUCAAAUGCUACAUCUGUUCCACCAUACUUAGAACGACAAGAGAUUUCACGUCACAUUUGUUAAGUAAACAUAAAAGGGAAAUAAGUGAAUUGGAGUUUGACGAUUUGUCUUACAGAUGUAAGAAAUGCACGUUGACAUUUCCAAACUUGCUUUUGUUGCGGUCGCAUUUCUUCAAAAAACACACUACACUGGUUAUCUACAGAUGUAUUGUAUGUCAUGUCACAUUGAGGUCUAAAAAAUCUUUAAAAAUUCAUUUCAACAACGCUCAUGCCCAGAAAACCAAAGAACUACAGCCAUGCGAUGAAUGUGGGAAAGAGCUGUCAAACCUCAGAGCUCUUAAAGCUCAUAUUAGAUUGAAACAUAGUCCUAAUAAUAACAAACAAGGUUUUCGAUGCAGGCUUUGCAAGCAGAAAUUCGACUCAAAGGAGAGCAGGAAAGUUCAUUACGAAGAACAUCAUCUGGGAGAAAGUCCGUUUGUAUGCACAGAUUGCGGAAAAGGAUUUUCAAGCAAAUCUGGCCUUUAUGGACACCGUCAGCUUCAUAAAACCGACAAGUCUUCCACUUGUCCAUAUUGUGAAAAGAUAUUUAAUAGAAGGGACAGCUACCAUGAACAUAUACUGAUCCAUGUUGGACCAAAGCAUCGCUGUCCACAUUGCCCAAAAGAGUUUGUUCAACGCAGUAAUUUAGUUCGUCACAUCAGGAUUCACACAGGGCAGAAGCCAUACACCUGCACAUUUUGUGAUAAACGGUUUUCGGACAAAGGCGCGUGUAACUCUCACAUUCGUGUGCACACCAAAGAAGAACAAUGCGUUUGUUCAUAUUGCGGUCAAACAUUCACCAAGAAACAAAAGCUCAAGUAUCACAUAAGGAAACACACUGGAGAGGGGUUGUUGAGCUGUGAAAUAUGCUCUAAAUCAUUCACCAAUUCUUUUGCCCUGAAAGAACACAGGGCCAUUCAUGACAGGCAAACGCAAACCAUUUGCAUCGAAUGUGGCAAGGCAUUCAACAGCGCGAAAUACUUGCAGAGGCACGUUGCUCUCGUCCAUCAAGAAGCUCCACGCGCUAAUAUGGCUAUCCGGUGUCCAGUUUGUGGCAAAGUAUUUUGUCACGAAGGGAGGUUGAAAUCUCAUCUUGUUACCCAUUUAGGAAAGAAACAUUUGCAAUGUUUGAUUUGCGAAAAACGAUAUAGUAGCAUGAAAUCUGUGCGAAAUCACUUGCAGCAAAGUCAUAACCUGAUGCCGGAUCAACCGGAAUUUAGCAAGUAUUUUCGUUCUGCAUUUGAAAACGACCAAACGGCAUUAACUCCACAACGGCCAAACCUGCUGUGUUCUUCGAGCGAUGAAAAAAUUAGUUCCAAGAGUUCAAUAAAAUUAGAUCAACAACGAAGUUCUUGGAAUAAGGAUACGUUCACAGGAGUUGGGAAUGAUGGUAUCAAUCGAAACGAGAGGAUCGUUAAGGACGAAAUUUCUUUCACUCAAACUGAGGGUAUCUUAAAUUAUAAUCAUCAUGACAAGUUAUACUGUAAAACAGAGUUGAAUACUUCGGCAUCCACAAUCCAUGCGGAUAAAUUUUCGCAUGAAAUCAAAACCGAAAUUCUUGAUAUUCCGGAGGAAAUGGUUUUGCAAGACGAAAUUACACAUUCGUUUGCUGAAAAAUGUUCAAGUAUUGGAGAAGAACCGACGAAAGUGGGCGCCAAGAUGUCUAUGAAUGAACAGACGUACCCGAAAUGGACGCAAUCAAAUUUAAGUGCAAUUAUUGAAGAGCGUAUAAAGGUAAAUGAGGAGCUGUCUAAAAUAUGUGAAAAACAAAUUAAUCCUGUGGAAGAAGAAAUACCAGAAACCGAAGACAUUCGUAAUUACUUCCAAGAAAUGGAUCAAGAAUCAAAAUUGGAUUCGAAAUAUUCCAAAGAGAUUAAUAGGAGGAGAAAACAGAUGCGGACACCUAAGAAAUACGUCUCAACAGUCGACACGGGCUUACUUAAGAAUAAUUUGAAUAUUAUCGUACCAAAACGGGAAAGAGUUGAAGCAAUAGCUCGUUCGCUUAAGAAGUCAACCAAUACAACAUAACCGUCUGUGAAAGAAUAACGAGGUAAAUUAUCGUUGCGAUAUUUCUUUAAAGUAAGAUUUAGAUUUUAAGAAAAUAUGCGUUGUAUUAGCGAUUCCCCUGGUAAAAGAAGUUCUCAGAAAUUUCUUACAAUUCUGUUUAUAAAUUUUACAGAAAUAUACUUAUUCUGUAUUUCACCACUUUUCUGAGAAAAUAGUUUUAUUAUUUCUGGAAAAGUUGAAAUUAUUCCGAUAAAAUCGGAUGAAUUUCCCGAAAUUCUAGAAAGUUUUUGGAAGAACAUUUUCAUUUUCUAUUUAAUUGAAAAUCUAAAAAACUGCUAAUUUUUAAGUUUCUUAAAAUUUAUGAUUGAAUCGAGUUCUAUGUGAAAAUUGAGUAAAUUUUAGGAACAAUUCAAAUUCUUUCGGAACUCUUUAUUUUUUUUUACUGAAAAUCUAAAAACUUCAAGUUUUCGACUUUCUGACUAUUUCUAACAAAACUCACAUUUCUUCAGAACUUUAUUACCUCUCACAAAUCUGAAACUGUUCUGAGUUCUGGUGUGUCUGCGUAUUUUCUGACGAAAUCGUGUUACGAAAACCUGGUAAAAUCUAUGAAAGGAAUUAUAAAUUCUUAGGAAAUAGUUGGAUUUAAUUUUUCCGAACUGCUGCUGAAAAAAUUGCACAAAUCUGUAGAAGAAUAUUUUCAACAAUCUUUUCACAUCAAUUUUUAAUGAAUAUCAAGGAAACCAUGAAAGUGCUGAAAUUAAUUUUCUGCAUAAAAAUUUAAACACUUCAACAACAUUUCCAGAAAUUAAUGAAACUUUGCAGAAAAUCGUCCGCAGAUUUGAGAAACCGUCGUACAUUCUGAGUAAAUUCAUAGAAAUUUCUGGAAGUUUCAAAAAAUAAUUUUCACCAGGGAGUCGGAUUAAUGUUCUAUGCAAACGCCUGUAAUAUAUUUUCUAUACUUAUUUGCAUACGUCAGGCAGCAUUAUUUACGAAUUUGGAGAUCUACCAAAUUAACCACAAAGGCCAGUAAAUGCAUGGUAAAAAUAUAAUUAUACAACCACUUACCUUAUCAAUUAAUAUUCAUAAUUAUAUGCUGUAAUAAGCAUCAAAGAAAGUACCUAAGACACUACCUCUAAGACUAUAAUUUACAUAUUCUGUUUGUAUGACGAAUCAAUCUCCAGUGACAAAAAUACAGAUGCAAAUGAACAAUCAGAACGCACUGUACAAACGAUUUACAUAUAAUUCAUUAAUAUACGUAAUUUAAUCUACUGUUACCAAAUAAAAUCCCAAUAAUAAAGUCAAUUACGCAUAGCACCGAAAACGGAUACUAAAUUGAAUAUUAAGAACAUAAACUUUUACCGUACUUCAAAGAGAAGUCCAGUACAAAAAAAAAAAUUAGGACAAAACCUGUGCCAGAAGAAUGACCAAAACAAUUAUUACUAUUAGCGAGAGUACAUAGUUUGUAACAACGUUAGAAAUCGAACUAUGUAAUAUAUGAUAUUAUGUAUAUUAAUAGCAUUUAUUAUAAACAUAUUAUAUACAUACG